AAAAACAAGGUGAAUUUGACAAUUUUUUUAAUUUUAACUUUUUAAAAUUUUAUUUACUGUAUUUCCUUUUUGAAUGCACAGCAGCCUGGUGCUGUGCACAGCAGGGGAUCUUUUUCCGAUAAAACACCCAUCAUUCUUCUUAAACCCUAGUUCUCCUUCUCCCUCCUGCAUCUUCAAUUCUAGAGUUUGGGGACACAAUAGCUUCAAGAAAAGGCUACUCUUAUCUAGGGGUGAGCAUAAACGACCGCAGACCGAAAAAUUAACUGAACCGAAAGAAAAGCUCAAGGAUUAUUGGUGCAUUGCAAGUUCACGAGCCUGAUUAUAAAAAUCUGCUGAGAUGAAUGGCAAGGAGACAAAAGUUAGAGUUGCCAAUGCCUUUCGUGCUAUGAAGGGUAUUGGAAUCUCUGAAGCUAUGGUGAAACCAGUUUUAAAGAAUUUGCUAAUAGUGUAUGAAAAAAAUUGGGAGCUUAUAGAAGAGGAGAAUUAUAGGGCGCUUGCUGAUGCUAUAUUUGAGAAACAAGAAGCAGAAGCAAACGAGCAUUCAAAGAAGACUGUGGACAGGGAAGCUGCUGACCGUUCCAAGAAGAAUACUGAAAGGUUGGAGGAACGAGCUCAGGCAGCUGAAGAGUUGAUACGGCCUUUAAAAAGGGUGCGACAUAGAUACCAGGAUGGUCAAAGCACCUCCUCUGCUGCAGCUACUGAUAGUGGUCCUACAAUGCCCCUGGUCAUCCCUAAAGAUGAACCAACUGAAGUUACUGAACUACCUAAUUCAUGUCCCCCAAAGGUAAAUGCAUCUCAAGGCUUGGUUGCGUCACCUCAGCCCAGUGCUGAAAAUGAAAGCACUGAUCCUCAGUUACUUAGUAAAAUAAAAGGAAAGCAACCUAUUUCUCCUGAAUCCUUGGUUGCCCGUGAGGUAUGUGACCCCUGCCAGCCUAAUAGUGUCACAAGUCCUUCUCAUGCUAUGAAGCUCAGAGACAGAGGAAAUCAAUCACUCUGUCCUCAAACAUCAACUGGGGAAAAGAGUUCAUUGCCUCAUAGUUCUCCCCAGGCUACUUCUAAUAAACAGUGGAAGAUUGUACGUGGUAGUGUUCCGGUUCCCAAACAGAAGCGUGUUUCAAGUUUUCCUUUGAUUAUUCCUAAAGAAGAGCCUGUUACAGAUGAUGUGCCACAGUUCGUGCUUCCUAUUGCUGUCAUUGAUCCAGAGCCAUCUAUCAAAGGAGGUGCAUCUGAUCAGAAUGGCACAACUAGUGAACUGCCUUGUUUUGAGCCCUCGGAUUUACCAUCACUAAAUGAAAAUGAAAGAAACGAGGGAACUGACGUUCCAAAUGAAGCAAGAACAAAUGGUGAGCUUGAAACGGUGUCAAGUCAAUUUGCUUCUAACCUAGAGAUUGCUUCCUCGCCUUUAGGGGAGGUGAAAAUUUCCUUAAGCUGCAACUUGUCUCAUGUAAGGCCUGAUUUCCAUAUGCCUAGUCUUGAAACAGUUCUGCAAUUGGUGGAGGAUAAAUGCCUCAGAUCAUAUAACAUUUUGGAUGCAAACUUUUCCGUGAUGAGUAUUAUGAAAGAAAUUUGCCAGUGCUUUCUACAUUUAAAUUCAGAUCAGAAUAGUGUGGGUCCUUCAACCAUGGAUGUGCAUCCAACUCCAGCCAUUGACGUACUGAGUAAAUCUUCUGCUACAGAUGAUCAUGGUGCUGGUGAACUGCAGUUAAGUUCUUUAAAUGGAGCAAAUGAUCCCCAGUCUAAUACUGAGUUACCUUUACACAAAACACCACUGGUUACUUCUUGCAAUGGCACAGAUGAUGGCUGUCAUCUGGAGGAGAGGGAUGGUGGGGAUGACAAUGGAAUCCAUACUGAGAACAAAGAGCAUCAUGUAGAAGAAACAAAUGGUCUGAGCUUGGUGGUUGCUGAUCAGCCAGUAACUCCUGAAAUAAUCAAGCUGCAUAAUUUAUUUGACAUAGCAAAGGGACAAGAAAAAGUUAUAAUUUCACUGGUGAAUGAGGUAAAUAAUGAGUCCCCGCCAGUAUUCUACUACAUACCUGAAAAUGUGGUUUUCCAAAAGGCUUCUGUGAAUUUCUCCUUGGCCCAUAUUGGAGAUAGCAGUUGUGCUGCGUGCUCUGGGAAUUGCUUGUCAUCAUCUGCACCUUGUGCAUGUGCACAUUUAGUCAGAGGUGAGUUUGCAUAUACUACAGAUGGUCUUGUUAAGGAGGGACUUCUUAAAGAGUGUAUUUCUGUGAAACAUGAUCUGAAGAAACACAACCAGUUUUUCUGUAAGGAAUGUCCCGUGGAAAGAUCAAAGAGUGAUGAUAUCCCUGAACCGUGCAAAGGUCAUCUGAUGAGGAAGUUCAUCAAAGAAUGUUGGUUGAGAUGUGGGUGCAAUAAACAAUGUGGCAAUCGUGUGGUGCAGAGAGGAAUAACUCGCAAUUUACAGGUGUUCAUGACCCCGGAAGGAAAAGGGUGGGGUUUACGUACUCUAGAGGACCUGCCAGAAGGUGCUUUUGUUUGUGAGUUUAUUGGAGAAGUUUUAACGAAUUCAGAGUUCUUUGGUCGCAUUUUGAGGAGCGCCAAACAGGAGAAAUAUUCAUAUCCUGUGCUUCUGGAUAAUGCUUGGGGUGCUAAAGAAAACCUGAAAGAUGAAGAAGCGCUUUGUUUAGAUGCUUCAAAUUAUGGAAAUGUUGCAAGGUUUAUUAACCACAGAUGUUAUGAUUCAAGCUUAGUGGAGAUACCAGUGGAAGUGGAGACUUCUGACCACCAUUACUAUCGUCUAGCUCUCUUCACUUCAAGAAAGAUAAAGGCCAUGGAAGAACUCACUUGGGAUUAUGGCAUUGAUUUUGACGACCAUGAUCACCCUAUUAAGGCAUUUUGCUGUCAAUGUGGUAGCAAGUUCUGCCGCAACAUUAGGCGGUCAAGUAAGAAUGACAUUUUAUCUCGUUCAUUGGUUUAAAACAUUAUGAUGUUAAAGAAAUCAUCACAUCCUCUGCCAUUCUCUGAAAUUAUUUUUGGCAGCUUAUCAUGGAAAAUUGAUUCUCUGUAGUACAUUACUCUCAACAGUUCAGCUGUAAUAUAUUAAGAAUCUGUAUGAUACAGAACUAUCCCUUCCUUCUCCUACCUUUCGCGUUUAUCCACUUGGAGACACCCGCCCCUCUUCUAUGAUUUAUUCUUAUUUAUACUUUUAUUUUGUUAUAAUUCUAAUAUUUUAUAAAAAAAAUAUAAUUGUGAAAUUCUUUUUUUUUUA